AUGAUGUCACAGCUUGCUGUGUGUUUGCUUAACAUAUCCGAGGGUCGCCAACACCAUGUAAUUGAAAAAGUUGCAAAGGCUGCUGGUAUAGGCAAUAAAUCACCAUACGUGGGAGAGUUCAAAUGUCAAUCUACGGUAUUAAACAUCUUCUCGGACAAUGACUACAAUAGAUCUGUGUUGACAAUAGUUGCAACAUUGGACCAAAUCCAAAAUUCUGUCAUAAAUGCUUGCAAGGAAGCAUAUAAUCACAUCAACUUGAAACUUCAUGAAGGAGAGCACCCGAGGUUAGGAUCUGUUGACCUUAUACCCAUUUAUCCAUUAAUACCUUCGGUAUCACUGAGCCGAUGUGGCGAGAUUGCUCGGAAGAUUGGAAACCGGUUAGUGGAUGAAGUCCCGGGAACUAGCAUUUUUUGGUUUGGUUAUGCAGACAGGCCAAAUCUAAGAGGAUUAGUUGAGCGUAGAAAAGAAGUAAGCUGGUAUAAGGGUAAACAGGGUUUAAAGUGGGAUAAUUUGAACUAUGAUCAUGGUCAACCACCAACAUCACGGUAUGGAUUGACUGGGAUAGGUGCAAGUCCAUAUGUAAUGAAUUGUAAUGUUACUAUGGAAACAAAAAAUUUGGCAAUAGGUCAUGAAAUUGCUCAGGCUGUCCGUGGAACAAGCUCUGGGGGUUUAAAAGGAGUACAAACAAUGGCAUUUAGGCAUGAAGGAGCCAUAGAAAUUGCUUGCAAUGUCGAAGCAUUUGGUUGGAGUGAGGAGAUGAAUAAGGGUGAUAUUUCAGACUUUAAGUAUGCCAAACCAAAUGAAAUAAAAGAAAAGGUGAAAAUACUCGCAGCAAGACAUGGAAUUAAUGUCAAGAAGACAGUAGUUGUGGGUUUCACACCUGAAGAAAUCUAUGAUAUGGCAUAUGCUGCACUUUUACAAGGAAAUAUGGAGGCAUGGAAAGAUUCAAAAGUCCACAGAAUGUAAACAAACAGCAGUGCUGCCACUCCGUAUAUGCACAUUUCCUCUACCAAAACUUAUUUCCCCCCUACCUCCCCCUACGACCAUCUAAAUCCCCCUACAGUAGGGGAUUUCCCCUACAAGUGGCAGCACUGACAAGCAGUGGCAUAUUCAACCAAUAAGUUUUAGUCGUGUUAUUUAAAACUUUAGAAAGUCACCAUUAUUCUUUUCUUAAAAAAUCUAUUGAUUUUCAUUGAGUUGAACUGGAGCAAAAAAUUGAAUGGCAGGAUUAAGUGGGCUGACUAAACCACUGUACAAAAUGUGCUUUUGUAGAAAAUAAUUCUAUGAUUGAGGAUUAUGUAAUAAUUUUAAUUAAUUUACCUUCAAAUAACAAUAAGAAUAAAUACCUUUUACAAAAGUGUCGGGAAAAAACAUGAAAA